GGUGUUAGACUAUCUCUACUCGAACGAUGCCACAAACGUCGGCGUGGCAGCUCAACGACACAACUGCUAGACCACCACCACCACCACCACCACCUGGAUCUGAAGCUGGAGGAUCGGAUGGAGCAUCUAUGAAUGGAGCCAACACAUUGCCACGUGUAUCGAAGAGGGUUUCCGCUGCUGGAAAAACGUCGAAUAUUCCACGAUUCAAACGACCCCAUCUCCCUCAUUCGACACGUCCUCUCUCCGCAGUCUUGACAUCAUCAUCAUCUCCAGUUGUUCAUAGAAAGAUCAGUCCAUCAUCAUCUGCUCCAUCAACAUCCUCCGCACAUCGUCGAUUCUCGCAUCUUCCUCAACAACACUUCCACCAUCAUAUUCAUCACAAUCAGACCGCAGUGAUCAGUGAAGAAACACUGACAACUCCACGAGCAUCGACUCUUAAUCUCAAUCAGACAAGCGUCUUCCCAACGGCAAUUUCCCAGGGAAGCAUGCCGAAUAGUGGCACGAACACUGCGGAAGCGUCAAUGACGUCAUCCGUAUGUGCCAUGGAAACCGAGGGAACGAAUGGAGAUGAGCUCGCAGAGUCCAGGGAUAUGGUCUCAGAAAUGCAGCGGAGGUGUCGAAUCGGGCCAUCCGGGUAUCCGCAUUUACUGAAAGCCAAGCGACUCCGGUUCUAUAGAAAUGGGGAUCAAUAUUUCAAAGGGAUUCAGUAUGCUUUACAAAGUGACCGGGUGAAGAGUAUGCAACCACUUAUGGAAGAUUUGAUGAAAACUGUAAUCUGUGACUCGACGGCUCUUCCACACGGAAUCCGUCACAUUUUCACGAUCGACGGCGCUCAACGCAUCACUUCCGUAGAUCAAUUCGAAGACGGCGGUGGUUAUGUGUGUUCGAGUACCGACGCUUUCAAACCGGUCGAUUAUUCGAGAGCCGCCGAGCCAAGUUGGCGUCUGACACUUGCCAAUCGAUACAAUCGACACUUGGAGACGAAGAAGCUGGCGUUGAGUGUCGUAGAGCCGUGUCAUGAGAAUACGGAUUUCGUGUUUCCACGAAUUAUCAAGGUUAUUCGGAAUGGGGUGAAGCCAAGGCGGAUUAGUAGGCAUUUGUUGAACAAGAAGACGGCGAGAUCCUUCGACCAAGUGCUCCGUGACCUGACAUUUGUCGUGAAGCUCGAUUCUGGAGCAAUUCGAAAACUAUUCACACUAUCCGGACGGCCUGUUCUCAGUCUACAGGAUUUUUUCCGAGACGAUGAUGUAUUCGUUGCGUAUGGUGGAAAUGAGAAAAUGGCUGCCGAUGAUCUACUUGUGGCUUCGGAAGAGCACAAAUCUGUUGGAUCGGGAACGUCGUCGAAUAUGAGGAGAACAAGCCGCCGUUCAACAAUGCCAAAUCGUAACGAAUCACUACGUCACGAUCGAUCUGGAAGUGUUAUUCCGGAUCAAGAUCAGCAACGGCUUCCACCUCUUCUUGACGAAAAAUUCCAGCUUGUCAGGCUCAUUGGAGAUGGAAAUACGGCUGUUGUCUAUGAAGUUAUUGAUAAAACAAACAACGAUGAUCGUAAAGCGAUGAAGGUGAUCGCAAGAGAAAAUGUGAUUGGAAAAGAGCAUCUAAUUGAGAUGGAGCUGGCGAUUCUUCAAAAAAUCGAUCAUACAUUCAUUGUUCAACUCUAUGAUCACUGGUUUGUCGAUGAUUCCUACUACUUGUCACUCGAGUUGAUUGAGAUGGGUGAUCUAUUCGAACAUCUGCGAAUUGUUCGUCGUGUUCCUGAACGAGAUGCUGUUCGAAUGAUGACGUGCCUCGGGCAAGCUCUUGAAUAUAUUCACGAGCUGGGAAUCGUGCAUCGUGAUGUGAAGCUGGAAAAUCUGCUGAUCGUGAAAGACGAGUUUGGUGAGCUCGGAGUAAAGCUCGCAGACUUCGGAUUGGCCGCCGAGAUGCCGAAAGAUUUUGGAGUUCUAUCAACAAUCUGUGGAACGCCGACCUACGUUGCCCCGGAAGUACUCAACAAAACGGGGUACGGCUGCAAAGUUGAUAUUUGGGCUGCCGGAGUGAUUCUCUAUGCGAUUCUCGUCGGGUUUCCGCCAUUCCAGAGCUCUGAUGGAUCGGAGCAAGACUUGUUCAGUGCGAUUAUGAGCGGAGAAUUCAGCUUCCCAUCACCAUCUUGGGAUGAUGUCUCUUGGUCAGUGCGACAUCUGAUAAUGUGUCUCAUUCAUACGGAUCCAUUCCAUCGGUAUUCAGCCGGUGAGCUUCUCAAUGACGAAUGGAUGGUGAAUCUCGGCGACGUGGAUCCCGAGUACGAGGAGUGGGCUCAUCGAUUUGUGCAAUCUAAAAUGCACGUGGAAGAAGAGCAAGAGACACCGUACGAGUACUACACUUCUCGACGAACUUCGAUGGAUGAGCUAUCGGAAAGCGCCGCUGUCGAAUUUUCGUAUUCCUGUGAAAGCUGAAUAUUGACUAUUGACUGAUAUACGCAAUUAAAUAUAUUCGAUAUCAAUUUUCUGAUCAUCACAUUUACUGUUC